AGUAGCACCUCCACCUUCCUCCCGCUCUCCCCCAUUCCCCCAUCCAUUCCCCGCCUACUCUCUCUCUCUCUCUCUCUGUUCGUCUUUCUGCUCUGAGACUGAGAAUGGCUCGUCUGGAGACUGCCCUCUACUGCAUUGCCACUCUGCUCUGCCUCCUCGCGGCGGCAGAGGCCCGCAUUCCCGGCGUCUUCACCGGUGGCCCGUGGCAGGAGGCCCACGCCACCUUCUACGGCGGCAGCGACGCUUCCGGCACCAUGGGUGGGGCGUGUGGGUACGGGAACCUGUAUAGCCAGGGUUACGGGGUGAACACGGGGGCACUGAGCACGGCGCUGUUCAACAACGGGCUGAGCUGCGGGGCGUGCUUCGAGAUCAAGUGCAAGGACGAGCCGCAGUGGUGCAACCCCGGGAACCCCUCCAUCUUCAUCACCGCCACCAACUUCUGCCCCCCCAACUUCGCUCUCCCCAGUGACAACGGCGGCUGGUGCAACCCUCCCCGCCCCCACUUCGACCUCGCCAUGCCCAUGUUCCUCAAGAUAGCCGAGUACCGCGCCGGCAUCGUCCCCGUCACCUACCGCCGGGUUCCUUGCAGGAAGCAGGGUGGGAUAAGGUUCACAAUCAACGGUUUCCGCUACUUCAACCUGGUGCUGAUCACCAACGUCGCCGGCGCUGGAGACAUCGUGCGCUUGAGCAUCAAGGGAUCCAACACGGGGUGGAUGAGCAUGAGCCGUAACUGGGGCCAGAACUGGCAGUCCAACGCGGUACUCGUGGGGCAGUCCCUCUCCUUCCGCGUCACGGGCAGCGACCGCCGCACCUCCACCUCCUGGAACAUCGCCCCCGCUAACUGGCAGUUCGGCCAGACCUUCACUGGCAAGAACUUCCGCGUCUGAAGGGACCGAACCCGGUCCACUACAACGUCCAAUCCAAGCUGCAAACAAUUAUUAUUAUUAUUAUUAGUAAUAUAGGGACAGGUUUUAUUUACGAUGUUUUGGGUUUUAUUGGUGACGGCUCCCGCCUCCUGUUUCUCCAAUUAUUUGCCCGGGGAAAUUUGAAGUGCCGAGGGAGUGGAAAAAAGGAUUUUACAGGGGUAAGGGUAAAAGUGAAAAGAAGUGGACAGUGGGGUUGGGGUUAAUCUAGGAAAAAGUAAAAGUAUGUGUGGGCCAAACUCUGUCUUCAGGGGAAUUUGGGUCUUUGAUAUUAAAAUUUUUAGAAUAUUGGGGGUUGCUGCUUUUGCUGGCGAAAGGGAAGACCGGCGUGGUAAAAGUAAAAGCCAAAGGGGGAGAGUGGCUGAGCUGAAGCGGCCGCAGGGAAAAAAAGGAACAUUGUAGCCCGCAGCUUUUGCUCUUCUCCUGCGUUCUUCUUGUUCAACUCCAAACAUUAUGGUAUGAUUAAUAGAAAGCGUAUUUAGUAUA